AUGGCCAACCUUUUCAAACUCUUAACUUUUUUGGUUUUCCUUUUGAUCCCAGUUUCAUCUCAGAUUGACCAGCUUCUGUAUGCUGGAUUUAAGGAUGUGGGUGCCAACAACCUAACCUUGAAUGGGGUGGCAAAGAUAGAGGAAAAUGGGAUACUGAAAUUGACAAAUGAAACAAGCAGAUUAAUGGGUCAUGCUUUUUACCCAUUACCUUUUCAGUUCAAAAACUCCACAACUGGUGAAGUUUUCUCCUUUUCUUCAUCAUUUGCUCUGGCUAUUGUCCCUGAGUAUCCCAAACUUGGUGGCCAUGGCUUGGCCUUCACGAUAGCACGCUCUAAGGAUCUCAAUGCUCUACCUAGUCAGUACCUGGGUCUCCUUAACUCCAACGAUGUUGGUAAUUUCUCCAACCAUCUCUUUGCUGCUGAGUUUGACACUGUCCAAGACUUUGAGUUCGGGGAUAUUAAUGAUAACCAUGUUGGAAUCGACAUCAAUAGCUUGCAGUCCAAUGCAUCUGUUAAUGCCAGUUACUACACUAGUGAUUCAACCAAUGAGGGUCUAAAUCUGAAAAGUGGGAAACCCAUUCUAGCUUGGGUUGAUUAUGAUUCUGCACAAAAUCUUGUCAAUGUUACAAUUUCUCCAACUUCAACAAAACCCAAAAAACCAAUCUUGUCCUUUCAUGUGGAUCUCAAACCCAUUUUUAAUGAUACUAUGUAUGUUGGGUUCUCUGCAUCAACGGGUUUGCUUGCUAGCUCCCAUUACAUCUUGGGUUGGAGCUUUAAAAUCAAUGGACCAGCACCACCCCUUGAUCUCUCUUCUCUCCCACAACUUCCACAACCGAAGAAGAAAGAGACAUCUUUGGUAAUAGGGGUUUCAGUCAGUGUUGUUGUUAUUGUGUUAGGUGCUGUAUCCAUUGCUAUUUACUUGUUUAGAAAGAUCAAGAACGCUGAUGUGAUAGAAGCAUGGGAACUUGAAAUUGGGCCUCAUAGGUACUCAUAUCAAGAGCUAAAGAAAGCUACGAGAGGUUUCAAGGACAAAGAGCUACUCGGGCAGGGUGGUUUUGGCAGAGUUUACAAGGGAACAUUGCCUAUUUCAAAGAUACAAGUUGCUGUUAAGCGAGUUUCACACGAAUCUAAACAAGGCCUGAGGGAAUUUGUGUCGGAAAUAGCCAGUAUAGGCCGGCUUCGCCACCGGAAUUUGGUUCAGUUACUUGGCUGGUGUCGCCGCCGCGGUGACCUGCUUCUUGUGUAUGAUUUCAUGGCUAAUGGGAGCUUGGACAAGUACUUGUUUGAUGAACCAAAGAUUGUCCUAAGUUGGGAGCAAAGGUUCAAGAUAAUAAAGGGGGUUGCUUCAGCUCUUUUGUAUCUACAUGAGGGGUAUGAGCAGGUGGUGAUACACAGAGAUGUGAAGGCUAGUAAUGUGCUGCUAGAUUUUGAACUGAAUGGAAAACUAGGUGAUUUUGGUUUGGCAAGAUUGUAUGAACAUGGGGCAAAUCCAAGCACCACAAGGGUGGUGGGCACCUUAGGCUAUUUGGCACCAGAGUUGCCUAGAACAGGAAAGGCAACAACAAGUUCUGAUGUGUUUGCAUUUGGGGCACUUUUGUUAGAGGUGGCUUGUGGGCGCAGGCCUAUUGAGCCUAAGGCAUUGCCAGAAGAGUUGGUUUUGGUGGAUUGGGUGUGGGAGAGGUACAAAGAGGGGAGAAUACUUGAUGUGGUGGAUCCUAAACUGAAUGGCAAUUUUGAUGAAAAGGAGGUGCUCAUGGUGUUGAAAUUGGGGUUGAUAUGCUCCAAUGAUGUGCCUUCUGCUAGGCCUAGCAUGAGACAAGUUUUGAGGUAUUUGGAUGGGGAAGUUGAGUUGCCAGAGGACUUGAGAAAGCCAGGAGAUAUAAGCCACCAGGAGGGCUUUGAUGAAUUCUUGCACUCACUUGCAUCUUCUUCCUUUGAUAAGAUGAGUUCAAGCUCCAAUUUUGGAAAUAGAGACAUGGAUACUAGUUUUCUUUCAUUUGCUAAUUCACCUCAUUCCCUUCUCCAUGGUAGAGGAGAAACAAGGUGA